GCGAAAUGAAGCAUCUCCUGACUGCACUCGUGGCCCUGCUGAGCAUCCUGCCGCGGGGCGAGCUCCUGGGAUCAGGACCCCCCUGCCCGCGUCGCUAUUUGCGCAGGAUCAACGGCAAGUGCUACUACUUUUCGGUGAAAAAGAUGAACUGGUUUGGCGCCCUGAACAACUGCCUACGCAAAGGACUGACCCUGGCGGACUUGAGUAACCAAAGGGACUUCGACGGAGCCAUUGGGUUCCUGAGUGGCCUGGGCAACACGGAGGAUUUCUGGUUCGGGGGCAACGAUCUGUACCACGAGGGUCGCUUCCAGUACAUCAGCAACGGUCGGUUGGUGCGCUACUACAGCAACUAUAGCAACGUCCUGCCACUGGAGCACUCCGAGUGCGACGACUGCCUGGAGGUGAGGAUCCGCUCCGAGAUCAACAUGGUGUCGGCAGACAACUGCCACGAGCGGCAAUACUUCAUCUGCUCGGAACGCUACUGCCAGGGCACGGAUAGUGGCAAGAAGCCGAAGCACCACAGUCACGAGCACUUGCAUCACUUCCACCACGACAUUGGCGGAAGUGCCGAAGGAGAGGACGAUGGCGAUGGCGAUGGCGACCACGACCGCCAGGACCCCAUUGCCAGUGGCUCAGUGGAGCACCCGGAGCCGGACUCGGAGGAUGCAGUCGGGGCGCUCGACGUGCCCGAUGACGAUCAACCUGGUCAGAAUGGCGUCUCGGUGACACCGGGAGCGGAAGAAACAAAUACCGUUGGCGGAACUGGUGAGCCGGGCGCAACUGCCACCCCUGCCGCCGGAGCUGAAGCUGUUUCUCCAGCAGCAGAAGGAGCCGCACCCGCCGGAGCAGCUCCAGCUGCCGAAGGUGCCGCCACUCCUGCCGCCGACGGAGCCACGCCCGCACCCACUCCCGCGCCAGGAGCAGAAGCACCCGCCGCCGCAGCAGCCGAGACUCCGGCACCGCCAGCAGCCUGAUCUCCACAACUUGCCCAGCUGAAGCCCACAACUAUUAUCGAUUAAAAAUAAAUGACAGCAAUAAU